CUUCGGAGCAGGUAUUCGAUUUUGUGUCUGUUUCUCGGCCCAUACAAUACCGAUUACCUCCAUACGCAUCCUGAUCCCGCGUAUCCUUCUCCACUUGGGCCGCUGCCAAGCUAGGUGUUGUGACGGCGCUCUGCGGCGAAGCUUGCGGCUGAGUCGACCGGCCCAGUCGGGUUGGAGCCGCAAAAGGUAACGGUUUCCCGCAGCAACUGAGUUACUCAACUCUCCGUACUCAUUAGGUUACCCUGUUUCUGUUGGCCGCGUCCAACCAAGCUCAUUCUACACGCGUUCACAACACCAGACCUGACAGAACCAGGAGAUUGGCCAGCGACGACCCCGUGCUCAGUCACAACAGCUUACGCACGCACGAAGAUGGCCUACAACCGACCAUAUAACCCAGACGAGCUGCCCAGGUUCGCAGAACCAGAACAGAGAGGAAGUACCAAGUCCCCAGUUUCGGCGCCGCCUCCGUCUUCACGAUACGAGACUAAGCCCCCUCCGCCGCGCCCUAUCGAGAGUAGAGGUUCCGGGGACCCGUACGGAUCGCAUCACCAGGAGCGCCUAUCGCCUAGACAGCAGGCACCGCCCGACCGUUACGGCAUGAGUCCACCCCCGACUUCCGGUGGCGGCCGACCCGUACAUCACAAUCUCCCGCCGGCCAACUCGAAACCGCCCUCGAGCCCUACGCCGCGCGAUAGCUCAGCGGACCCGACACUGCUCCCGCUCUUCCGGGCUGUAGACAAAGAUGGCACCGGCCAGCUUUCGGAGCGUGAGCUCUCGGCUGCCCUUGUCAACGGCGACUGGACGGCCUUCGACCCGCAGACGGUACGCAUGAUGAUACGCAUGUUCGACAGCGACCGCAGCGGCACCAUCGGCUUCGAGGAAUUCUGCGGCUUGUGGUCAUUUUUGGCCUCAUGGCGCUCGCUCUUUGACCGCUUCGACACGGACCGGUCGGGCAACAUCAGCUUGGACGAGUUCAGCCGCGCUCUCGUCGCAUUCCGCUACCGCCUAAGCGACCGCUUCGUCGAGACCCUCUUCCGCACCUACGACAAACGCAACGAGGGCGUCAUGAGCUUCGACCUGUUCGUACAGGCCUGCAUCAGCCUCAAGCGCAUGACCGACGUGUUCAAGCGGUACGACGAUGACCGGGAUGGGUACAUCACGCUGAGCUUUGAGGACUUCUUGACCGAGAUUCUGCGCCAGCUGAGAUAAAGCGGUUGUCUUGAACCCCCGCGUUGCAUACGGAUCUAACUGGCCAUCUUUUUUUCUUUUACCGGCCACAGACUGCUUGGUGCUUCAUCUCAGUUCAAGUUGCUUGCUCUGGAUUGUUUUCGCAAGGAUGGAUGUGUCGAUGUCGUUGCCAUCUCGUUCUAUAUUCCCGCUUCCUAGUCAAACGGGCUUUCUAGUCAACCGGGCUCUCGGCACAGGGCCGAAUGAGAUUCGAUAGAUGGUCCUACAUAAAGUUAGGUGGUUAAUCACGUACAGACAGACAAUGACAAAGUUGAUACCCCCGAGCUGCCUCAACCGCUGUCUCACUCACCCAAUUCUCAUGCGUUCUCUCGCUCUUGGGUUGGCCUUGGCCCUUUUC